CAUGAUAAAGCAUUCAAUUCGAAAAGUGGUCCAAUCAUUUUAAGCACUUACAAAGAAGAUGGUAGUGUUGAAGAAGGUCAAGGUGUUACUGAAGUCGAAGAAGAUUUACUUCGUAUACCUGAUGUUCCAGAUGAAUCAACGUUUGCUGAAAGUGAUUUUGGUCUUCUAGGUUCAUGG